UAUAUUGAAAAAUGCACUUCGGACGCGCUUUAUCACUAACUUACAUUUUACUAUGAUUGAUCAAACUAUGGAAAUAAAGUCUCUCAAAGAUGAAUUGAGAAUUAUUCUUCAAACUGAAGCAAGAGUUGAAUACCAUCCAGAAUUUAUGGAGAAAUGCAAAAUAUAUAUAGAAUAUGAAAUGAAAAAUCAAGAUGAAUAUUAUCUAGAUCUUAAUUUAGCAAUUCUAAAAUUGUAUCAAUUAUUCCCUUCAUAUAGUGACCCUAUGAUAGCUUCCUGUAUUUUGUUGAAGGCACUUAUGAAAAUUCCUAAAAAUGAUUUUUUGUUAUGCAAAUAUUUACUUACAGAAGACUUAAUUCUAAAUGAAAAUAUUGAAACAAUCCUAAAAUUAAAUAAUUAUUUAGGAAAUGCUGAUUAUGUAAAAUUUUGGGAAUUAUUAAAUGUAAAAAGUACCCUAAUCAAAGGCAUUCAUGAAUUUGAGAAUACCAUAAGAUUUUUCAUUCUUGGGAACAUAGCUUCAACUUUUAAAAAUGUGAAAAGGAAUUAUGUGUUAGAGCAAGUCAAUAUGAAAGAUAAUGAUCCAUCAUUUGAUAGGCUGAUUUACAACAUGGGGUGGAAACAAGAGUUCGAUGAUAUCAUCAUGGAUUCAACCAGAAUUUCUUUGCUAAAAAACAAGAAUAUCGGAGAGAAAUUUGAUAUUGACACUAUCAAGAAACUUAUGCCUGCUCUUAAAACUGUCUGAAUUUUGGUUGAAGAAAUUCUAAUUAAUUCAAUUAUUAUAAUUGUAUAUUUUUGUUAAUGAAUAUUAAUAAAAUAGGAAUUGUUCGAGA